AAAGAAACGAGGAUUAGAACUUAGAGGCCAAUAGGAAUAGGACAAAAGGAAGUCGAAUGAAAAGUGAAACCCAAUACGACUUUCCUCACUUCCUUCAGUACACGUGUCUUUUUCUUUUUAAUCCAAUAGAUGAAGAAUCGGACCCCAAAUGAGGAACGAAAAGGAAAGGGAAUUGGUGGCCCUGAAUCAGUAAACAUGAAGACAAGGAAUCAGAAACCGAAUAACACGAGGAAAGGCCUUUCACUCGAGGCCUUCGCUCAUGCCAGGUCGAACAGAAGCCACUACAAUCCAGCUUCAAUAAAGAAGCAGCAAGAGUUCUAUAAAAAUGCUAAAUAUGUGAGCAAGUUUAAAAAGUCAAUGAAACAGCAGGGUCUUUCCUCUGCUUCAACACCCCGUGAGGAUGAAAUGAAUAAGAAAAACAAGAAGAGCCAGAACAAAGCAAAAGUUAGUUUGAGAGAAAUGUAUGAAAAGAAGCGUGAAGAGGAGGAGAAGGCCAGAAUUGAAAAAGAGGCUAUUAUUCAGGCGAAGAAAGAAGAAAGGGAUAAGGCCAAUGCUCGGAGAAAGGCUACUAGAGAAAAGAUGUACAAAAAGACACGUACAGGGCAGCCUGUUAUGAAGUAUAGAAUUGAACAUCUCUUGGAAACUAUUCAAGGUUCCAAAACCCAUAGUUAAACAUCUCUGGAGAUAGCAUUCAGCCUUUGUAUUUUGACUAUAUAAUUACUAGUUUAAUCAGUUUUCACUAAUCUUAAUUGCUAAACUUAGUUUGGUAUUAUUGUAUACUUGGAUUGUCAAAUUUUUGCCUGAACUGAGAUCUUGAUGUUUAAGCUGUGUAAUAGAGAACAAAGAGUCAAUGCAAUACAAUUUUGUUUUGAUAUAA